GCUGAUCGCGCUCAGUUCGGUUGAGCAGGUCGUACGCGGUAGAUCACUUUGCGCGAUCAGUUUCCUAGUACACCUCGUGGUGUUUAGACCGGCUUGCUUUGCGAUCGUCUCGUAGUUUGUGUUAAAACGUAAUCAACCGAUUAUACUAGCGGUGUGAUCGAAGAAGGAGAAAAGAUAAAAGUACGUGUUUCGAAUAUGGCGGUGAUGAAACCCAUUCCGUGCGCCGCUUUGGUGCUGCUACUGGCAUCACUCGCACUACCUAACGUCCACGGACAGUGUCUGGCCGAGGACGAUAACAUCCAGCACAGCAAGGCAGAUAGUGCACAAUCACGGAAUCGGCUGUACAAGGGCGAAUCGAUCUUCACAUUGAAACUGCUAGAGGCCAUCAAUGCCGCCACACCGACCGAGAAUGUAUUUUUCUCGCCGUACAGUCUGUACCACGUGCUGCUGCUGAUGUACUUCGGAGCAAAGUCGACCACAGAAAAGCUUCUUCGCACCGGACUGGAACUGCACUGGACUACCGAUAAGCCAGUAGUAUGGCAGGCGUACAAUAUUGGCAAAAAAUCUCUGUCAACAAGAUUGAGCAACGACAAAGACAUCACGUUUACCUCCAUCGACAAGCUGUUCUUUGGUAAGACGAUUCCAGUGGAGGAAUGCAUGGAGGAUAAGUUCUUCGACGAAAUCGAGAAGCUAGACUACGAAAAUGAUCCGGAGUCCCAAAGAAACUAUAUCAACAAUUGGGUGGAGAACUCUACGCGCGGAGAAAUCAAGGACCUCCUGGUGCCGGGAUCGAUAACCCGAAAUACAAAGCUGGCUAUCGCAAAUGCUGCGUACUUCAAGGGUACUUGGCAAAGCAAAUUCAAACCGGAAGAAACAAAGAAAGAAAUCUUUUAUAUUUCCAACGAGCGACAGGAGUUUGUUGAUAUGAUGCGUGUUCAGGGAACCUUCAACCACGCUGCCAAUGAAAAACUUGCCUGUCACAUUCUUGAAUUACCAUACUACGGCCAGGACGAGAACUCACGCGUGUCAAUGUACGUAUUCUUGCCACCAGCUGAGCCAAAUGCGUUGGAAAAGCUAUUGGCGCGAUUGACCGCCUCACCGGACAUUCUCAGCGAGGUAGUCGGCGAAGGAAUAUCCCGCCAGGUGGACGUCAAGCUGCCCAAAUUUAGCAUUGAGAAAACCGUCGAAAUGAAGCCCGUCCUCGAGCGCAUGGGAAUGGGUAAACUGUUCGAAAACACCGCGGACUUCUCCGGCUUUUCCAAGCGGACCAAAAUUGAGUUCGACGAGGUUCAGCAAAAGUCCAAGAUCACCGUGGACGAGGAAGGAUCGACGGCCGCGUCUAGCACGAUAGCAUUCAGCUUCCGGUCAUCACGUCCGGCGGAUCCGGCCAUGUUCCACUGCAACCAUCCGUUUGUGUUCAUUAUCUACGAUUACGCGACGCAAGCGGUACUGUUCAACGGAGUCUAUCGCCAACCGGAAUGAGGGAGAUGGUGCGCAGGUGGUGUUCCAAGCCCGCAUGCGGUGCUUAGUUUUUAAGGUUUUAUUUUAUCUUACCGAUUCGUGACACACGAGAAUGGAUGGCCAGCAGUGGUCACUAUUUAUUAACGAACAAAAAUAUCCGUAACCCUAUGAAAUGUUUAGUUUAUGUUUGUUACCAUUACUGUGGAGCAUUUUGAAGUGUGAAGGAAAAAGACAAUAUGGAAAUAAAAGCUUUAACUGAGAUAACGACCAUUA